GAAGUUUUGCUGCCUGCUGAGCUCCCUUAGCCCUUCGUUAAUUCACUUGUCAUUGACAUUGACCAUCUUGUGUUGUAUUCAAUAGUCUGUCACACCGAUUUGAUUGUGCAUUUUACUUUGGAGAAGUCCUUAGUCUUUUAUGUAGCCACAGUGGCCACACAUGCAGAAGAUGCGCAAUAUUGUUGAAUGAACUAAUGCAUUUGGGACAGGGUUACAGAAAUGGGUGCAGGAGAAAAGGGGGUGGUUGAAUUGGCUGUACCCAGCACACAGGUUUUGAAGCAUAACGACGGAGGAUGGAGAAGGAUGCUGAAGAAGGCGGCGCCCCCUCUGAGGGAGCAGAGGCUCCUCCCUCCACGGAAGAGGCUGGCCCUCCCCGUUCAGAAGAGGAAGAGGCCCCGCGCCCUCCAACGGUGGAGGCUCCGGCGGAAGAUAAUUUCUCCCUUUCCCCAGAAGAUGAUGUUCCUUCUGUGGUGGAUUAUCGGGAUCUCAUUCCUUCUGAAGAAGGGAUAGUUCUUCCGGAUGAUGAUGAAGCGGAUCUGAAUAGAGUUCGACCCAGGCUUGCACCGCGACCGGUUCAAUCACUGAUUUCGGAAGUGCUGUCCUCCCCGUCUUCCCGGCGGUCCUCCAGAUACCGCCGGAGUAUGAGUGGCCUUCCCAAUCUGCAGGAAACAUUAAAAGAGAGACAGGCAAGAUUUAGAGAGGCAAGGGAAAGCCGAAGACAGAAAAUUGACCCUUCAUACAAAUAUAUAUUUGAAAUUCUAGCAGGAAAUCUUGGCCUGGACAUUAAUUCUGUGGAAGAAUUAAUUUUGGAUUGUCCAUCUCUGGAAGCAUUUACUAAUUUUUUUGUGAAAGAUGGUUGUAAGACACUGAAAUUUUUGUACCAAGAAGGAGAUGUACCUGGUAUUGAAUGCGGUCGAACUAUUCCUGGAGCAACUAAAGGGGCAAAAAUGAUGAAAUUGUAUAUAGACAAUGCAGCCCCGGAUAAACUAAAAGGACUGUGCAUAUUUUUUGUUCGUUGCCGUAAUGAUGUUGCUAUAAAUGUUAAAACUGUUCAAGAGGAAGCGCUAUUUACUGUUCUGGAUGCAUCGAAAGGACUCUUAAAUGGAAUUAGGGAUAUGUUGGCAAAUAUAUUUCUACCAGCUGUUCUUGCAACAAAUAACUGGGGUGCUUUAAACCAGUCCAAGCAGGGAGAAUCUGAAAAACAUAUUUUCACUGAAACCAUCAACAGAUAUCUUUCAUUUUUAGAUGGUGCUAGAAUAAGUAUUGAGGGAACAGUGAAGUUAAAGACAAUAGACAAUGUUGAUUUUUCCAAACUGCACACCUUUGAAGAAGUAACUGCUGCAGCCAACAAUUCAGAAACUGUUCGUCAGCUAGAGGAAGUGCUGAUGGUAUGGUACAAACAGAUCAAACAGGUACUUAUUGAGAGUGAGCAGAUGAGAAAAGAAGCUGAUGAUUCAGGUCCACUCACUGAACUGGAACACUGGAAACGCAUGUCAGCCAAGUUCAACUAUAUCAUUGAGCAGAUUAAAGGGCCAAGUUGUAAGGCUGUCAUAAAUGUGCUAAAUGUUGCACACUCCAAACUGCUAAAGGUUUCCAUGGCACAUGGAAUACAAAAUUUGAUUAAUGCCAUCAGAAUGAUUCACCGUGUGUCAAGGUAUUAUAAUAUCUCAGAGAGAAUGACCUCAUUGUUUAUCAAGGUAACAAAUCAAAUGGUAACAGCAUGUAAAGCAUAUAUUACUGAUGGAGGAUUAAACCAUGUAUGGGAUCAGGAAACGCCAGUGGUACUAAAGAAAAUUCAGGACUGCUUUUUUCUCUUCAAGGAAUAUCAGACAUCUUUUCAUAAAACAAGGAAACAGAUUUUAGAAUCCUCAGGGGAAAAAUCUUUUGAGGUCUCAGUAAUGUAUAUAUUUGGAAAAUUUGAAGCUUUUUGCAAACGACUGGAGAAGAUUACAGAAAUGAUAACUGUUGUGCAAACAUAUUCAACCUUGGGAGUUAAUUCUACCAUAGAAGGAAUAGAUAUGGCAAUAAAAUUCAGAAAUAUAUACCAAGGUAAGAAAAAGCAAUAUGACAUUCUGGAUCCAAGAAGGGACAGGAGUUUGACACAGAUUGUCUUAUGAAUU